UUGUUUAUUGCAUCGCAGUGCGAUGACAUUCUUUCCAUCGACACCAGAGCCACCUUUCGUGACCCUAGGUCAAAGCUCAGACAAAAGAGUAAUAACACCGGCUGCAACUUUAAAUUGUUUCCAUUUUUCCGUGAUGGCUGAAUGGUAUAAAUUUACGUACACCACCAGUUUUCAGGCACACACUUUUUUUCCAACGUUAACCAGAAGUUGUUUCCAGUUUCUUUUAACACGAAGGUACCCUCUAAUUGUAAAGAAUUUAAAAUUGAAUUCAAAAUCGAAAGAUUGAUAGACUUGUACAAUGGCCUGCAAGUGAAUAUUGACCGUGGGUACAUCCUUCUCCACUUACAUAGCGUGGCCCUGUGGCGAGGCAGUCCAAUGUCUCUGCCACCUAAGUCGCAUUUAUUGAUUCUAUUGCCUUUCUUUGAGCUGCAGCAUUGAUUAUCAUACGAUGGCACUCUUUAAUGUCAUCCUUUUGUAUGUUAGAAAUAAAAGAAUGGGGUUUUUCUGAACCUUUACCAUAAAUCUAAAGUUAUGUUGCACUGUCAGUGUUUCUUGUCUGAUAUCUUAUCUGAGUGCACAUGCCGAUGGCAGCUGCAUUUGGCAAAGGUUUUGGGGAGCAAUAAAACCUCAUCCCCUUAUCUGUAUCAUCAACCCUGAAACAUGAACCGUUUUAUUGUUGCUGCAGUGCUAAAAUAUUGACUGAAGUUUGCAGACCUCAGCGUUCGUGAAUGUGUGUGUACGACUCUAUUUUUGUUCCUUUCUGUAUUAUGUUUAGCAUGUUAUUGUCUUCUUUAUAAAUAAAUUCAAUCCAGAAUAGAUAAGAAAAGAUACUACACUAUGAAAAUUAUCAGUAUUCAAAGAUGCAAGUACGAUACGUAAAAGGUGAAUAACAUGCAAUAUCUGCACGUAUGACACUCUACAGUAGAUAUGUUAUUGGUAAAUUGAUUGGCCAUCUUGCAUUACUUUUGAUAUGUAAAAGCCCUUGUUUGUAACUUCAGGGAAUCUUGAUCGAGAGGAGAUGUAUCCUCUAGCGGUGCUGGUGUUCAUCCACGGCGGCGGUUACACAUCGGGCACGGCAAACGCUUACGACGGGACCGUCCUGGCCAGCCACGGCCUUGUGGUAGUGGUCACCAUCAACUACAGACUGGGGGUUUUUGGUUUUCUGAGUACUGGUGAUAAAAGUGCCCCAGGCAACUAUGGGAUCAUGGAUCAGAUCGCAGCCCUGCAGUGGAUCAGUGACAACAUCGGAGCCUUCAACGGUGACCCCACCAGGAUCACGCUGGUCGGGUUUGGUACCGGGGCUUCUUCCGUCAACCUGCUGACCAUGUCUCCAAAGGCCGCCGGUAGGAGCCCAGGGUUGAGCUUGUUCCGCCGUGCUAUACUUCAGAGCGGAUCGGCUCUAUCUACGUGGUCGAUGGCACAUAGUCCCCGCCACUCCGCCACUAUUCUAGCGGAGAGAGUGGGGUGUUGCCGAGAGGACACCCUCCAGACAGUCCAAUGUCUGCGUACCAAGCCUUACAUUGACUUGCUCAUCAAGGAAGCCACGUUCUCAGGCUCCCCGUUUUACUCCAUGUUCGGCCCUGUUGUUGACGGCACUGUCAUCACUGAUAACCCGAGAAGACUUCUCGGAGGCGACCUGUUCCGUAGUUAUGACCUAAUGCUUGGCAUCGCAGAAAAUGACGGCUAUAAUUACGUUGGGAACUUGUCAGGAAUCAACGACGGUCUGCCGGAAGAUGCGUUCAGAGUCGUCAUCAGUGACUUUGUCAAUCACGUGUUCCCCUAUAGAGAAAAUGAAAUCCAGGACGCCAUCUUGUUUAUCUACACGAACUGGGGAAAUGACAAUAACGAGACAAGACGACGUAGUGUUGUACGUAUGUUCACGGAACAGCAGAUUGCAGUGCCUAUCAUUGACGUGGCCAACACACACUCUAUAAGGAACACGGAAAGCUCGACCUAUUUCUACUGUUUUACGUACAGGGCGGACAACAGUCCGUUUCCGAAGUGGGCAGGGGCAGUGAACGGUGAAGAACUACCGUUUUUAUUUGGCGCUCCUUUGGCACCACUGAAAAUAUUUCAAAAUCAAAAUUUCUCGAAAGCGGAAACGAUGUUGAGUGCUGCCAUCAUGACUUACUGGAGCAACUUUGCCAAAAGUGGAAACCCAGAAGAACCUAAAAACCAGGAAACUACGUUCGUCCACGAGAGACCCAACAGAUACGAGCGGAUCGCCUGGGAACCCUACAGCGUGGACAACUGCAGCACCUGUCAUGAGAACUUUAUGUACCUGGGGAUGAACCCACGGACUUCGCGAGGGUUCCGGUCACAGAGAGUAGCGUUUUGGAUCGAGCUCGUCCCCAAGUUGCUCCGUCCGCAAGCUCUACCGGGAAACAACAAGCUCAACCCGCCACUCACUUCGAACGAAAUGUGUGAGAUUCCUGACCUAGCGCGGACUAUUGCCGGUAGGAACGGCCUCGCAGUUCGCUAUCCAGAUGGAAGAUUAAAGACAUUUGGUGGCAAGUCAGACAAGUCAGACAAGUGUAUCCCCAUACCAUCAACCUCCGCGUCCUCUCCACCGGAUACCGAGCAAGGUCAACCGGGUAUGUUUGACCACUCGCCGCAUGACUGGUCGGACCUUCACGAUACAUCGGGUGACGCGGAGCCCAAGUCAUCGGGACUGAGUGUCGUCAUCGCGGUCGGGGCGACUUUACUGUGUCUGAACCUGGUCGUGCUGGUUGUCUGUUACAAGAGGUCCAGCCGACGUCGCAGGAAAACUGACGAGAUAAUGCAUAGACAGGAGAGGACAAGAUUCAGUGCAUCAGACAUGCAUGGUUUGCUAAAGAUGCCGGAGACCGCACACCGUUACGAACCCAGUCAAAGUGACGAGACGUUAGAAAUGGAGGAACUGACGACAAAGAGCAGCUGCCUGGUGGAACAUGAGGAUAUAGAACACAACAAGACCCGUGUUGUAUAAAGAAUGGGGCUUAUAGACACGUCAUGACCAAUGUUACCACGUACCACAAAGUGGCCUCGCAACGAACAUACAUUACUCCAGUCUUCUUGGUGUAUAUAUAAAGUCGAUGUUCCACGGAAUGAAUUUUGAACUGAAGUUACACUUUGUAUAGUUGAAUGUGUUCGUAUUACAACUUCACUGAACGUUUUUUUAAAGCUAUAAUAA